AUGGCAUCCAAAACAAUGGAGAUAACAAUAUCACUAUCAUUUUUUGCCACAAUUCUAAUCUCAACUCUUCCUUUAGCCACUGUGGCGCAGUUCGACAAUUGCACGGAUGAGAUAAAGAGCUUGUCCCCGUGCUUCGAUUACAUUCAAGAACGGGACAAAUUUCUCCCACCCGACUGUUGUGAUAGUCUUGAUGAUGUCGUUGAAUCAAAACCCAAUUGCCUUUGUCAAGUGCUAAGAGGCGAUGAAGGUGUCAAUAGGACCCGAUUUUCGGAACUCCCCAGCGUGAUUUUCAACCAAGAUGUUGAGUCCUCUACUGAUUUAUCUGCUGAUAGCUGCUUCAUUAUUAUUGUGGCGCUUUUGGUGAGAUUCGAUGUGGUCGGAGAGUAUGGUCGGCCAAGCGACGUGAAAAUGACUAAACCUGGUUCGGUUCUUGAGGCGGAGGCCAUCACCAUAGGCGAAGCACUGGAAGCAACGGCACUAUCUGCCGGAGAUAAACCUGUGGAUGUGAGUGAUGCCGCCGCUAUAGCGGCGGCCGAGGUCCGGGCCACCGGGCUGGGCCACGUGGUGCCAGGUGGCGUAGCGGCAGAAGCUCAAUCCGCAGCUGCCUACAAUCUCGGAGUCACCCAAAAGGAAGACAAAGCCAAGCUUGGAGACAUUUUGGCUGAUGCGACUACGAAGCUGACUGAUGACAAGGCGGUGACUAGGGAAGAUGCGGAGGGAGUGAUAUUUGCGGAGGUUCGGAAUAAAGCUGACAUGGCCACACACCCUGGCGGCGUGGCGGCUUCGGUGGCGGCUGCAGCAAGGCUUAAUCAGGAGAAGUGAAGGUGAUUGGCCGGGUUGUGGUAUGAUAGGACUAAGCUACUUUGUGUGUUUGGUGUUUUGUUUGGCAAGACUACUUUUGGAUGUGUAAAUAUGAAACUUGAGACAUGUUUGUUUAGUAGUGUGUGUCAAUAAUGUUAGGGAAGUGUAGUUGUUACUUGUACUAGUAUGUCUGUAUGUGCGUUACUCUUGACUGGUGUAAUAAUAUACUAUGUAUUUCGUAUGGAUCAAUCCAGAGUAAGG